AGUAAAGAGCAGUCGCAGUACCACAGGGUUAAGAAAGCGUACCGGCAGAAGGCCCUGUCUUGUCACCCAGAUAAGAACCCAGACAAUCCCCGAGCAGCGGAAAUCUUCCACCAGCUGUCUCAGGCCUUAGCCGUGCUGACAGAUGCAGCAGCGAGGGCGGCGUAUGACAAAGUGAGAAAGGCUAAGAAGCAGGCUGCAGAGAGGACACAGAAACUUGAUGAGAAAAGGAAGAAAGUAAAGCUUGAUCUUGAAGCCAGAGAACGAGAAGCCCAGACCCAUGAAAGUGAAGAGGAGGAGAUCAGGAUAACGAGAUCAUUAGAACAAGAGAUCAUACGCCUGCGUGAAGAAGGCUCCCGUCAGCUUGAGGAGCAGCAGAGACUCAUCCGAGAACAGAUCCGGCUUGAGAGAGAGCAGCGUGUCCAAGACAAGGAAGAAAGAAAUGGAGCAGAAGGCAAAAUAACUCCCAAACUCAAACUGAGAUGGAAAUGUGGGAAAGAAGAUGAGACGAGAGGGGGAUACUCAAAAGAUGUUCUGCUGCAGAUCCUACAAAAGUACGGCGAUGUGCUCAAUUUGUUGAUCUCCAGUAGGAAGACUGGGAGUGCAGUCGUGGAAUUUGCUACGGUUAAAGCCGCUGAGAUGGCUGUGAAGAAUGAAGUUGGCCUGAUAAAUAAUCCUCUAAAGAUUUCGUGGCUGGAGGGCCAGCCCCAGAACAAUCCCAGCACUGUCCUUUCUGACAGCAGUAGUCAGCCUAGGACUUCACAGGCAUCGGUGGUAUCGGAGCGGGAUUACGAGAGCCUGGUGAUGAUGCGGAUGCGCCAAGCAGCAGAGAGGCAGCAGCUCAUUGAACAGCUCCAGCGGGAGGACGAGGAGGAGUCUCACACCUAGCAGGAGAGAGUAUGGAUUCUUCCCACCCCAUCAUUCUUCAUUUCUAAAGCUGUUUCUUAAAUUAAGUCAAUAAACCUCCUUUUUU